GGUCCGCGGAUCUGCUACAUGAUGAACAGAGAGAGGAGCUAGAGGCACAGUUGCGUAAUCGGCAUCACUGGGAAUCUGAUUUGGACCGAGCAGGAAGCAACAGCCACUUUACAGAAGGAACACAAUCACUUUAAACAUGGAAAAAAAACAGAUCAUUAACUUCGGUGCUGGACCUGCAAAGCUACCACAGUCUGUGCUGUUCCAGGCGCAGAAAGAACUGCUCGACUAUAAUGGCAGCGGGAUCAGUGUCCUGGAGAUGAGCCAUCGGUCGUCAGACUUCACCAAGAUCAUGAACACCACAGAAAACCUGUUACGGGAGCUACUGAGUAUCCCAGACAACUACAAAGUCAUGUUCCUCCAGGGGGGCGGGACGGGCCAGUUUAGUGCCGUCCCCCUCAAUCUGAUUGGUCUAAAGGAGGAUAGGUGUGCUGAUUACCUAGUGACGGGCACCUGGUCGUCCAAUGCUGCCAAGGAAGCUGAGAAAUACGGCAAGGUCAACGUGGUUCACCCCAAACUGGACACCUACACCAAGAUCCCUGACCCCAGCAGUUGGUCGUUGACCCCUGGAUCGUCCUACGUGUAUUACUGCUGCAACGAGACAGUGCACGGCGUGGAGUACAACUUCAUCCCCGAAACCCACGGAGCCGUCCUGGUCUCUGACAUGUCAUCGAACUUCCUGUCCCGACCCGUCGACGUUUCCAAGUUUGGGCUGAUCUUCGCGGGGGCUCAGAAGAACGUGGGCUGUGCUGGUGUUACCGUGGUGAUCGUGAGAGAGGAUCUCAUUGGCCACACUCUGACGGAGUGUCCCGUUGUCCUUAACUACCAAGUGCAGACUCAGAACAACUCCCUGUACAACACACCAGCCUGCUUCAG